UGUGCGCCUGUGGCAGCCGCGCCUCCACUGCAAGAAGCGAGGGGCUGCAGACGCUCGCGCCUCUACCCGCUCUGGUCCUUUCGCUAAACGAGUGGGCGUACUCGCAGCACAGCGGCGUCCCGAGCCCGGGAUUACUCACCUUCCACCGACGUGACUAACGACCGUUACCAGUGUGUUUAGCUGCUAACGUCCUCACACAGGCUGCAGACACGUUUGAGAAUUCGAAUGCAUAUUUACAUAUCUAUAUCAGCGAAAAGAUAGAAAAUUCAUUUCGUCAGUCUUCUGUCGCGCUACAGAGUUUUCGAACUUUGUUGCCAGCAGCGGCAGUAUCGCAGUUCAAACGUUCGUCGACGGGUAAAGUUGCUGAAGAAUACAUUACCGGCUACUCAGUAUUUCGCGAUUCACAAAAGUCGAUACAAUAGUAGGACAGAUAUAUGACACAAAAAGCUGCUGUCAGACAACACCACCGGGUGGGAACGAGGAAAUUGACAAUAGAGUAGAUGAACGUUCAUCUGUAGAACAAACUCUGCUGUGGUUCUCGUACAUACAGUCUCACUAACGGAACCGCUAACACUAAACGGGUUGAAGCCUACAAGCAGGAAGCCAAUGUAACAUCUCUAGGCUAGACGCUUCCAACUGUGGUUCUCAUAUCGCUGACGGACAGUAUUCCUGUUAUCUCUCCCACUGUUCUGGCGGAGUCUAACGUUCCUUAAAGGCCCGUAUUUCCUUACAAAUGAUUCAUUUUUGAGUUUUGUUAACUGACACAUGGAACUCUUAGUACCAUCGUACUUUUAAGAGAGAAUUUGCUACGUCUCUUUCCCUCACCUUCUUUGCUGGAAACUCAAACAAAUACGUCGCAAUAGUCGGAUUUUUGCAGUCAUAAAUCUGUUCUAUGCCUAGAUCGGAUAGGUUUUAUUAAACUAAUUCACGAGUUUAUUUACACUCUGAACUCGUCAAAUUUAUUUUAUUCAAGGCGAUUUACGAAAGAUCACUUGCACAUAUCCAGAACAGUUCUUGAAUCAUUAACUGUAGUUCGAGCGUAAUUCACUUUUACGGCUGUGCAGAUCCUAUCUUGUUCGUUCAGGAAAACAUAUGAUGAACGAAAUUAGGUUUCAGUUUCUUAGUGUGAAACUGUAAUGCAUGAAUUCCAAUGUUUGAUAUUGUCUUUCUAAGCAAGUUGUAGCUCGUCCCGUUCUUAAGGACUGUCUUACAGCUCUAAUUAGCCAGUCACCACGGGGAUGUGCGGUGUCUCAAUCUGCUUUCGAUAGUAGGAAUACGUGUGCAUUAAACAUCGCGUUUCACUGACUCUAGACAGAACAGAAAUUUCGUGGAGAGUCACUUUUCUUUUGGAAAACAAAAUGUUAAAACUGGUGUCCGCAUACCGAUGCCGUCGCGUGAAAAUCCUUGUUUACAAUGGCGAGUAAUGCAGUACGACGACGGUCGCAGCGUGUUUCUUGCCGGACUUCACGUGAACGAGCCUGAACUGUAAACACACCCAGUGGGACGCAGUGUGCCUGUCGAACGCGUUGUAACGGUGCUUAGGCCGGGGGAGAAAGUGCGGUUAGCGCGACAGUAAUAUUUCUGCAGUUGAGAGCUCUGUGCCGUGAACAAGUCAUCAAAACUGUGUCUGGAUUCUUUAGGUAGGCAGAGCUCUUUGCACCACUCGAGUUUGCAGUGAAGAUUUUCCACACGUGUUUUUUUGGAAGGGUGUUUCAUCGUGUUACUUCCUCCUAUUCAGUGACCUCCUGACAAUGUGAGAUAAGAAGGUUAGCCAGAAAGGAAUGUUACCUGAUACAGUGCGAUCGGAGUGUUGGUGUAAGAGUGAGACGGACAGAUAAGCAAGUGCGACACGGUGGUCCAGACUAGCAGGAGCUCGCCGGAGAUGGUGGUGGUCGCUCUGUUUGUGGCGGUGGUGGUGGCGGCUGUGGAGCAGUGCAGCGCGGACGAGCCGCUAGUGGUGCGCGUCAACAAGUGCUGCCCUCUGCACCAGCAGCUGGCGAUAAACAUGACCACCUGCCUCGACUACGAUUACGAGAAGUACGAGGUGGCGCGCACGGCUCGCUCUACACCCACGCCGUCGACGGCUGCGUCGUCGCCGCCGCCGCCACCGCGCCUGCCGUGGUGGGUGUCUGCGAAGCUGCGCGUGGUGAUGCCGUCUGGGCAGGAGGUGGGGGCGGCGGGGGUGGCGUGGCUCGCCAGCCCGGGGGCGGCGCCCGGCUGCCCCGCGCCGUGGCGCUCCCUGGUGAUGCAGCACCUGAACCAGUUCACCGUCACGCACGACGGCCGCAUGCUGCUGUACGACGCCGGAGACGACGACGACGACGGCGUAGACGACGCGCCGCUGGAGCUGCCCGCCGGCGCCUUCUGCCUCGACAGGAUCAAGGUCCGACAGGACGGCGAGGGCCGGUUGGUGGCGCUGGCGUGCCAGUGCUCUUCGGCGUCGGUGUGGUGCUGGCGCAGCUGCUGCCCUUCGGGCUACAAGCUGGACGUGGCCGAGCUGGACCGCGUCCACCAGAACGUCGACUGCGUCAGGGACGCCUCGCCAGAGGCACCCAGACCCUGGCUGCCCAAGCUGCCCAACAUGCGCCGCAGGGAGGUCUACGGAUUCCCCAAGUGCGAGAAGGGCGAGCACAUCUCGGAGACGUACGAGGCGCAGUCGUGGCAGUUGCUGGCCAACGGCAGUGCGCUGGUGGGGGGCGUGGCGCUCGCGCAGCCCCUGGAGCGCUACUGCGCAGACGCGGCAGGCCACGGCGGCCGCGGUCAGCUGCUCUACUGCAGCGACAGGUCCGUCUCCUGGAAGCCCAACCGCCAGCGCGGCCUGCUCUACGGGCUGCUGUUCGGACUGGGCGCCAUCUUCCUGCUCGCCACCGUCCUCCUCUACAGCUGCCUGCCCGGCCUGCUGGCUCGGAUGCACGCGCGCGCCGUGGUGUGCCACGCUACCUCUCUGCUGGGGGCCUACGUGGCGCUCGCCGUGAUGCAGACGUGGCCCGAGAUGCCGCUGCCAGCCUGCUCUGCCGCCGCAUUCAUUGUGCAGUAUUCCUUCCUGGCGGCGUUCUUCUGGCUCAACGUCAUGUGUCUGGACAUUUCCUGGGCCUUCAGUGGGCUGCGUUCGCUGCAGGGCGGCGCCUGGGACGGCGACCGCCGGCGCUUCUGGUGGUUCUCCGCCUACGCGUGGGGCGGCGCCGCCCUCGUCUGCGCGGCCACCGCUGCCGUCGAGUUCUCAGAUUCCGUGCCCAAGGGCGCCAAGCUGAAACCAGACUUCGGGGCCGUGCGCUGCUGGUUCAGGGGGCGCGAGGCGACGCUGCUGUUCUUCUACGGGCCGGUGGCUGUGUUGCUGCUGGGGAACCUCUCCCUCUUCACGUACACCGCCGUCAAGAUCGUCUCUGCUCACAAGGAGACGCAGAUACUCAACAUGGUGGACGGGCGCCGCCGCGGCAAGUCCAGCGGACACAGCGUCUACCGCAAGGAACGCCAGAGGCUAGUGCUGUACACCAAGCUGUUUGGGCUGAUGGGACUGACGUGGGUGAUGGAGAUCGUGUCGUGGGCUGUGGGCGGACCUGCCUACUACUGGUACCUGACGGACCUGGUGAACCUCCUGCGGGCUGUCUUCCUCUUCUACCUGUUUUGCUGCAAGCGCAGCGUGCUUCGGCUGCUCAGGUCGCGACUGCCCUCCUGGUGUCCGUGUUCACUGCCGCCGUCAGAGGGUCAUGGAGGUUCUGGAUCAGGCAGCAGCAAGAGCAAGACGGAGACGCGCAGCCGCAGCUUGACCUCGCAGCGCACCACCUCCUUCAAGCUGACGGAGCAGCAGAUCCUGCAGCUGACUCAGCAGGCCUUGCCUCAGCAACUGGACGCUCAGCAGCCACCAGAACGGCAGACACAGCAGGCCAAUGGUCACGCCACCAGCCCCCCAGACACCACUCCAAUUUGAGGCUACACCUCAGGUGGACGUUCUGUGUGCUUCGCAGCUGCUCACCUCCGUGCUGAUGCUUAUGAUGCCUGCCAGGCCGAAUGAUCAGGUGUAUCCCUGCAUCAAAACUUCAGUACCAGCGGACAACAGCUGCAUCUUGCAGCUGCCUUUGUGCCACUAUCUCUGAUGGGCAUCAUCCUGGUCACUCGCAUGUCUGCCAUUGCGGCCUAGGUUCGUGCUGUAGCUGACACUGCCCGCCAGGCUGAAGAAACCAAUCAGACGCCAUUCCAUCUUACCACUGGCGACAUUGACGAAGCGACAUCAGCGUGAAGAGAAGCUGACACACUUGUGUCCCUCACUAACUGUAAUGACCACAUGGCAACAACACUGAAGACCGUGCAGCUCAGUAUUCUUGCGUGUGUAGCAUUUGUGUCCUGAUUGGAUUUGUGGUGUUGAUAGAAUUCUGGCUGUUUCGUUGACUUUUUCAGAGCGGUGAGACGGCAACUUCUUCUAUAAAACCAGCUCCAUGAUAACCUUGACUAGCGCGUCCUUGUCCUAACACCUUCUGACGAACAACUGACUUCAUUCGUGAUCAGUGUUGUAGUUAAAUACCAAUUGUAUUCUGUGAACGGCAGGCUUUUAACCGCGCCUGUCAGUGAUUUUGUCCCUCAUACAUUCUAACGGGAAAGACUAAAUCUAGCUGUAUGGGAUAUUAGCUGUCGCUGUAUGACCUGUGGGAACAUUUUUAGAAGUGCGGCUGGAUGUGGAAAGUGUUUUCUGACAUUAAUAAGGAAAUGACAACAUAUUAACUCCUUCUAAAACUGUUGAUUGUUCUCAGGUGUGAGACGCUGUUUUACAAGGUAGGGGGAGUAUCUUCUGAGGUUUUUAUAUGUAACUGCCAACAUGGAGCAAGCAGCUAGUCAUCUUUCUUAUUAAAUACAAACGUUGUAACGACAGUGUAAUCUUUUGGCACGAGCCAGUGGAGUACACUUCCAUAUCUCGGAGGACAAUUUCGAAUACCUGACCGUUUCUGAAUCUGUAACUACCGACAAAGUUACCACGAAAACAAUGAAGAACAAUGAAAACUUCAAAAUAAGUGAUGUACCUAGUGGAAAGUGACGAUUAUGACAUUUCAGUGGUGAACGAAGGUUCAGAAUCCACGAGAUGCAUUUUGAAAGAUUGGGUUUCAGCGUUUCCGCACUGCUGUGAGAUGUGUCAAUCACACUUCGAUGAUAACAGCUGUAUUUGAGGGUGUUUCAAAAUAUAAAGCUUUGAUAUUUAAAACUAAAUUUCGCGACUGGUGAAAAGCUGUAAGCAACUGGCUACCCAAAAAAGAAAACGUGGAAUUAUGACACUGAGGAAAUGGAUGUUUGUAGACUCCACGCUGAUCUGUUUAUUUCACGCAGAACAUCCUGUUGACACCACACUGUUCAAGGGAUUCUUUCGCUGAAAAACGUCCUCGUAUACGUAAUUGGUCAGACAGAAAGACACACGCAGAAUGGUAAGAAGUCAUUGUCCCUAGUGUUUUGGUUCCCAGCAUCCAUUACACGGAACGUUUCUGAGCAAUGGAACUAUUUAUUUCACAGAACCUUCAGUGAACAAGUAAAAGGUCCAUAGCUGGGUGGAUUAUGUGAGCCACGCAAAGUCGGGAGUAUGGUAUUGUUCAUACGUUGCCUCAACGAAAAGAUACAUGUGUAAUGAGAUAUUGAAGGCGUAGCGUAUUAUUAUUAUAAAGGAAUCGUUCAGUACGUUCCAAUAUGUAUAUGAAUUAAUUUUUUGCCUUUGGGUAUCGCAAAUGCCAUUUUAUUUGAUAUAAAUGACAUGAUCUGUGCCUGAAUACUUCUGACUGGUAUGAGACCCGCCAGUUAUAUUUCGCAGAAUGGGACGGAAUGUCGUAGGACAAUUUUGAAUACAAGACCGUUUGUAAAUCUGCAACUAUCGGAGAAGUUACCACGGAAAAAAUCUAGAACGAUGAAAAAUAGAAGUUAAGUGAUGAAUUUAGUACAAAGUUGAAUGUGACACUCCGGUGGUGAAUGAAGGGGAGCAUGGAAAGAAGAAUCUAUGGGGGAUAGACUGUCAACGACAGCUAAUGCAUGUGACAAUUUAUGUUUCCCGAAGUAGUUUAUUGAUAGUGAAUAAAAACUUAUACACGCAAGUGCACUGCAGUGAUCGUACUAUCAUGUUGAACCCACUACUUGCAAAAGCCAUUUAAAACAAUGACACGAGACUGGUGUUCUUGCUGGUAUCACUUGCUUGUUUUUGAGUUAUUUUACGUUACGACCAUCGAACAAUGAUACAACUAAGUUACAAAUAAAUAUGGAGAGGUUUUAAUCUUCUUGGAAAAACAUUUUUGGUUGUACACAUAAUAUUGGGUUGCUGGGACAACCUUAAAAAACAAUUGAGGUAAUAAUAAAUUACGAUGGACUUCGUACAGAAGCGAUUUUUGCACUCAGCUCUUCGUCUUACACUAGUCAUUUGGACAACUGCUGUCUAAAAAAUAAAUGUUUAUUUCUCCAUUUAAGAACUACACAGUUCUGAUAGUUGUUUUUGAAAUAUUAGAGUCUCUUGUGGAUUGUUGUACCUUACCACAAUAAAGAUAUUCAACCUUU